AUUGUACUUCGCAUAUGGCCAGUACAUAUUAAUGUUUCACAUUUUAUGUUACUACCAAUUUGGUCAUGACCGACAUUUAAAUUGAUGACCAUGACUAGAUAAGGAUACAUUUAGGGAAGGUCAUACUACUAGAUACAUGUCUUCUAAUACCAAGUCUCCUGAGACCAGAUUGGGAUAUACUUGAGUAAUUUUUGUGCUGGUGGAAGGAAGUGAACUUGGAUGCCAUUAUGAAUUUACGGAAUCAGAAGAGAACAAGAAGCUUAAGGAGUCAGGAUGAUAUCUCACCAUUCUUGCCACAGACUCAAACAAACAGUGACAGACCAAGGUUAAAAUUUGACUCUCCUGAAAAGACUGAAGAAUGGCUGGCCUCAAGGGAGAAAACUGAUUAUACGUACUCAAGAAGUUCCAGCUACACAACGACCAGUCUGGACAGCGGUUACCAGAUACCCAUCAUGUCUCGUCUAUCCCAGGGUUCUGUUUUACGGGAUACCAGCUCACCGAUGCGACGAGGGCAGCAGCAUUUCCAACGUGAGGUCUCGGCAAGUCCAAACAGACGAAGUGACCGGUUGGCUAGGAAGACCACUCACAAUGAAUCCUCUUUUACUUCAAGAGGUCAUAAGUCCAGCUCUGUCCAAGUGAGUCGCCACUCCACAUCAGCGAGUGCCUCAAUGGCCCAUGACCACCUAGCAGCAUCGGCAGCGGAUGAAUCUAUCCAUGGGUCAUCGUCGUCAACUAUUGCAUCCUCAGCUUCAAGAAUGAUGUCAUCAUUACAUCACUCGGCUAGAUUGAGAAGCGGACUUCACUCCGAUAUCAGAGAGCAUUCCAUCAGUCACAUAUAUGGUUUAGACGCCAAUGAUGAAAGUGAACUAUCAGAUACGGAGUCUAGCUCCGCAGUGACUUCCCGCGUAGGUUUGACUAACAAGGAGGCAUCGGGUGAGUGGACCUCAGUGGACCACGCCCACGACCACACCCACCUCGCUUCAUACUCUUCCUCUUCCUCCACCGUCUCAAUAUUGUUCCUCCCGGUUUAUGCCACCAUCUCCAUCGUCACAUCAGUGCUGUAUUUCAUCACCACCGUUAUCCGGACAUCCUGGUCUUCCAUAGCUGGCGGAGUCUAUGGGUCAACCUCGGCAGUAGACUCUAUGUCUGUCAGUACAUCAUCAGCAAACUCUGUGUCUUCCAGUAUAGUCAAUGCAUUUUCAAGUCUUGUACAUAUUGUGAGUGUUGCCGUCUAUCGAUUCCUGACAUGGCUGAUUGGUAUUGAUGUACGAUGGCUGUUAUUCGUCAAACGAUCAACGCUGGGUCUUUGUGGGAGGUUAGCAUCGCUGUUUGGCCUGAGCUGGGCUACUCAGAAGGACAGAUCAGCGGCAGCAAUGACGGCAACAAUGCUACGAGAGAAGAGACGAAGAGGAACACCUUGCUGUCUAUGCCUACUACUUCUACUUGGGACAUUAGCUGCUUUAUAUCUCCUGCUGGCUGCAGCUCCCUUCUUACUUGCCGCAGUAUCAAGAAAUGAAACAAAGGUGACCUCACCUCUUCAUGAUGUGAAUCAACAACUUGGGAUCCUUCUUGGCAAGCUGUCAUCAGAUGGGGACGAGGGAGGAGCGGCAUACGCUGCCGGUAGUGGCUGCCUUCAAUGCUUGAAACAAGAUGACCUCAUGACCCUGAUUGGGGUUGUGGUCAAAGGUCAACUUGGUGACCUUCAAUCUCAGCUUACGUCUCAGAAUCAGCAGAUUAUUGCUAUGCAUGAGCAGAGCAUUCUGCAAGAAUCACAGAUAGGGAUGCUCCGUGAUCAAAUUGGUGUUCUCGUUGCCAAACAAGAACGACCGAAUGACCACACACUCCUCUACAUCAACUCCAUGGAAGGUCAGCUGACCAGGGUCAGAGGUCAACUUCGUAAUUUACAAUUGAGCAGACUACAAGGGUACAACAAUGUUGAGAUGGAGCAAACUGAAGGAUCUAAGAUUGUACUUGGGCUCAGCGGAGAACUGAAAGAACUUUCUAAGGAGGUGUCAAGUCUUCAGACGGAGAUGGACAGCUUCCAGGCCCAGCAGAUGAUGGAAAUGAGCAGCGUGCAAACGGGGAGUGAGAAGUUCCGUCGUGAUUUGAAGGCUCUUCACCUCAGUAUGGUCUCUUGGGAGGAGCGAUUAGCAAUGAAUGUUACGUUCUUAGAGGCUAGACUUACAGGAUUACUAAAGGAGGUGGAGCUUCUGCAGUCAGAAGACCGGCUCACUAACAGCAAGGUCACCGAGCUUGUCAACAGAAUGAAUGAUUUUGAGUCGGGAUUCUCUGAUGUUAAGAUCGAGAUGCACAACUUCAGGUCGGAGUUUGGAGAGAUGGUUGCCAUGCAAAACCUGGAAGAAAAAGAUGGAAGGGAAUCGGUGGAUUCACGGCUGGAGCUUCUUAAGAAGGACGUGGCCUCCUUGAAAGCAUCUCAAGCAGAUAGCUCUGAAUUGCUGAGGGCUCAGCAACAGAAAUACCAAACACUUGGAGGUACUCUUGCCGAAGUACAGUCAGAGAUUGGUCUCUUGAAGAUCUCAUUAGAGGAUCUGAGCGUUCGACAUGUCAAACCAGUUUCAUCCAGUAUAAAGCAGCUGAAUAUUAAACUUGCCAAAUUAGAAUCAGACUUCAGCUCUAUACAAGCGAGCUUCCUGUCACUCCAGGGUUCUGAUACUGAGAAGGUUGACAAGAGUGGCUUGGAGAGCCUUCAUCUGAGCAUCUCCAACACGGAGCGGGAGCUAAACAUCUUCGUAGCCGACAUUGAUUCACUGAAGAUACAAGUUGGACAACUUCGAAAUCAAGUAGAUGGUUUUGCAACAAGCCAGGAAGAACAGAGGAGCCAGACUGGAGCAACUCUUCGUCAACUGAAGACUGAAGUCGGAGAGUUGUCCAUAAAAGCAGAUAGAAUGGUUGUCCUGGAGAAUAUGCAAGGGGACGCGGACACUAACUCCUUAGUCCAGAAGCUCUCGGAUGAGGUCGGAGCUGUUAGACUGGAUGUCGGAAGGAUAGCUUCCCUGCAGGGGGGUAGUGACAUUGUGGUGGGAGUCGCCAACUUAAAAUCCUCUCUUACAGCAUUAGAAUCGCAGAUCAGUUAUUUUGACUCAACGCAGAUGCAAAUGAAACGGACCAUUUCAAGUAGUGUUUCAGAGCUCAAGGGUGAGUUCAGUCAAAUGAAUCAAGCAUUUGGGGAACAAAGCUCUGCAAUGGUGGCUCUUAACGUAACCGUUGCGUCACUGAAACAAGGACAGGAUAAACUGACAGCAUUCGCCACGCGGAGCGAGAUGCAGGACUUGCAGGCAGAGAUGACCAACCUCAAAACUAUGAUUGGUCAGUUAUCGGCUACUCAGAGUAACUAUGCAACAAGCGGCGAUGUGGACACUCUGAAGAAGCAGGUGGCGAGUAUUAGAUCUAAAGUUGACUCAACUCACACUCACCUGACUGAGAUGAGUGCCACAUACACGGGAGACUCAGACUCUCAUUCUGCCCUCGCUGCAGAUCUCCUCAAACUACAGGGUACCGUUCAGCAGCUUGAGGCAAUGAUGUACAGCGACAAUCACGAACCUAUCAACCUCUCCCUUCUGGAUUCGAGAAUCAGCUCACUGACGUCCAUUCUAGGGGAUAACAAUGAGAAUUUAGCCACUUUCCUUGCGGCGGGGGGUCUCGGUGGGACGGGCGGCACAAAUGGCGCCAUCGUGACAUUACAGCAAGAUCUUGCGUUGAUCAGAUCUAAUACCGAUCGUCUGAAUGGGUUGUUGUAUACCCAGGGGCAGGAGGGUGAAUCAGUGAGUGCCAUUGCUGCAUUGUUAGAAAGAGUGGCUGGGUUGGAGGCUAGCAUGGCUGGUGUGCAAACAUCUUUAGGUGGUGGCGGAGGAGGCAAUGAAGUGAGGAUACAGCAGUUUAGAGAAGAAAUCAACCAUCUUAAAGAAGACAUGAUGAGGCAGGCUGCGGGACAUCAUUCUGGUGCUGGUUUGGGUAUUGGAAUCGCCGCCGUAAAGGAUGAACUGAAUGCAGCUAAGGCCAACAUCACCAAGUUACAGGUUGAUGUCCAUGAUUGCUGUAAGAACAAGACAGGACUCUUGGGAUGGUGGAUGGCUCCAUGGUUCAGUCAAGGUCAAAGGUCAUCUGGGGGUAGCGUCAAUCUGAGCGCUGACGGUAGUUUGGAUGAAGAGAGAGUGAAGCACAUUGUCCUGAGUGCGUUGACCAUGUACAGUGCUGAUAAGACUGGUAUGGUAGACUACGCACUAGAGUCUGCUGGUGGUAGCGUGAUUAGCACCCGGUGCUCCGAGACUCACUACUCUAAGACUGCGCUGCUCAGUAUCUUUGGAAUACCACUCUGGUAUAUGGCCAACUCACCUCGCACUGUCAUUCAGCCCGAUGUACAGCCUGGUAAUUGCUGGGCUUUCAAAGGUACCCAGGGUUACAUGGUGAUCCAGCUAGCUGGGAUUAUUAAACCAAGUGCCUUCUCAUUGGAACACAUCCCCAAAUCACUAUCGCCGACUGGAACCAUUGAUAGUGCACCAAAGGAGUUUAGUGUUUGGGGUCUGCAAGAUGACGAGGCCAGUGAGAGCAUUCUUCUAGGGACCUACUCCUACGACCAAGAAGGUCCACCGUUGCAGUUCUUUGCCAUUGAGAAUUCUGAUGUAGAGCCAAUACCAGCUGUUGAGCUGAAGAUCCACAGUAACCAUGGCAACUUGGAGUAUACCUGUUUGUAUAGAUUCCGUGUACAUGGGACAUUGCACAGCCGAUAGCAGAUUUGAACAAAGGUUUUCAUCUACGCAAUAAGCAAACAGAGCCCUCAAGCGCCAAUUUCUGUAAGUUAACAGAAUUGCCGUUUUUUAAUUAUGAAUUAUAUAAAACUGUUCAGGAAAAACUGAAAUCAGAGUAUUUUUGCAGAGGGCUUUGGUUUGUAGGUUAGAUUAUUGAUUAAGAGAUUAACUUGGGUUUGCAUUUGUAGGGGAUUUGCCAUUUUUUAAAACUAUGGUAGGGCGUGUGUGAACCAAAACUGAAUUAACAUUAUGCCAAAUAUUUUAAAAGGCGCAUGUUUUUGGUCCUCGUUGUUGUUACUUUUUGAUACCAUUAAACAACAUACAUGCAGUCAAAAUAAAAUAAAAACUAAAAGUGUAAGUGUAACUGUGAUGCAACUACAAAAUUUGCUUUUUGAAAACGCCCUCAUGUGAAUAAAAGAUACAAGCAACUGAAAUAAAGAAAAUAGAUUAAGUUAAAAACUCAUAUCACUCAUGAAAGGGCCACAAAAAGGUUUUCAAUUUCGUUACACAGAUUUUGGAUUCAAGAGAAGAAAACAAACCUUGUCUUUUCAAGGGAAAGGAAACAUGUUUUUUUGCUACUAUUAAAAGGAAAACAGAACAAAAUGUUUCUUUAGAAGAAAGAUUUUUUGCAAUUUAUGAUUUUUAACUCACAGACUGCAUGGACCCGAAGUGGAAAAGAGUAACUGGUUUAAAGGCAGUGGACACUAUUGGUAUUUACUCAAAACAAUUGUUAGCAUAAAAGCUUACUUGGUAUGAGCA